AGUCGACAACGACUUAUUUAAUGUUUGUCGUCGCAGGUCUCUGUGAAGAAGUGGCUAAAAAGGCAAUAAGAAGAAAAUUUCUGUGCAAUUAUUUAAACAUAAUUUUUAUAAGAAUACAUUGUGUUGCAAUUAGCAAACCUUGUCUAAAGUUUUGAAAAACCAAUUCACUGCCUUUGGAAAAUACAAUAUCGAACGGAAUAAACGAAUUAUUAUUAUUUUUUCCCUUUUUUAAGCUACACAAGUGGUACGGCGACGUCGACGUCAACGCAGUAAAAAAUAAAAAUCUAAAAAUAUUUCUUUUUUUCUAAACGAAAAAAGUAUAUUCUGCAAAAAGCAAAAAAAGAAAAAACUGUAUUUUUUGCAUACGCUUCUAUACAAAUUGAAUUAAAAGAAAAAUAUUUAAUUGAAAAAAAGUAAAGAAAGAAAAAAAUAAAUAGCCAUGGUCUUGAAAGUGUACAUUAGUGGCAUGUCUGGCAAUAAGGAGGUCAAAAAACGCCAACAACGUGUCCUUAUGAUUUUGGAUAGUAAAAAUAUCAGUUACGAGGUUAUUGACAUUACAGAACCUGGUCGUGAAAGUGAUAAGGAAUUUAUGCAGAAUAAAUCCACCAGCAAUGGAGCAACAGUAAGUGAUCCCGAGCCAAGACAUGCCUUACCACCACAAAUAUUCAACGAAGAAGAAUACUGUGGAGACUAUGAUGCCUUUGAUUUAGCCAAUGAAAUUGAUACAUUGGAACAAUUCCUUAAAGUGGCUCCACCCGUCGAUAACACAGCCGAGGAAGUGAAGAGUGCGCAACAAGAAAACGGUGAGGCCAAGCCAGCCAAUGGUGAAGAAGUCGGUGAAAAUAAGGAGAAUGAAGGCGAGCAAUCGUCCGAAGAUAAGGCUGCUAAGGAUGGUGAAGAAAAUGCAGAGAAUGCCGAGAAAACUAAAGAUUCUGAAGAGGACGCUGACGCUGCCAAGGAUAAUGAAAAUUCCGAAGAGAAAAAAGAUGAUGAAGAGGGUAAAACUGAAACUGAAGAAGGUGACAAAGAAAAAGAAAAUAAAGAAGAAGGAGAUGUUGAAGGUGAUGAUAAGAAAACAGAUGAAGAAAAAGAGGUAACGGACGAAAAAGAAAUUGAUGAAAAGGAGAAAACCGAUGAAAAUGAGAAGGAAGAAGACGAUACUAAUAAUGAAACUAAAGACGAGGAAUCCAAAGAUAAGGAUGAUAAAACUAAAGAAGAGGGCGAUGAAAAAGCGCCUGAGAAAGAGGAUCAAGAGGAAAAAGUUGAUGACGAGGAAUCUAAGAAUGAUGAAACCGAAGCUAAGGAUGAAGACGAGGGAAAAGAAGAAGAGAGAAAAGAAAAGGUGGAUGAGGAAACUGCCAAAUAUGAAACUGAAGAUGCACAAAAUAAAAAGGAAGAGGAAAAGGAAAAGGACAAUGAAGAUGGUGAAAAAGAAAAAGAAGAAAAUGAUAAUGAUGAGGCUAAGAAGGAAGAAGAUGAGACUGAAAAGGAAGCAGAAUCUGUUGAUGUAGCCGAAACGGAAAAUAAAGAAGAAAAUGAUGAUGAAGCAAAAACGGAAGAGGAAGAGAAAAAUGAUAAAACGGAAGAAAAAGAGGAAAAGGAAGCUAAUAAUGAAGAGAAUCAAGGUGAAAAAACUGAAGAAAGUGAUAAUGUGGCUGAAGAAUCCAAAGAAGAAAACAAAACAGAACAAACGAACGAAAACGAUGAAUCUAACAAAAUCGAAGAAACCAAAACUACUGAUAAUACGGCUGAAGAAGAAAAACUUUCUGAAGAUGCUAAAAACGAAAAUGAUAAUAAAGAAAAAGAAGUUGAAACCGAAAAGAAUUCAACGGAAAAUAAAACUACGAGUGAAACCAAAACUGCAAUUUCCGAUGAGGAAGAAGAGGAAUCUUCCGAAGAGGAGAAAGACGAAUAAGAAUAAAUUAAAUAAAAUAAUACAAAAUCUUUAAUAACGACUGAUGACUGAUUAUAACAACAAACACCCCUCUCCCUCUUCUAUUUUCAUAACAACAAAAUGUUUUAGGCAACACACACAUCUAUUCUCACAAACAACACACAUCAUUUUAAUUUAAAAAAAGAACACUAAAUACGGUUUCAAAUGCACUUUUUAUCCUCCUACUCGUAGAAUAAUUUGUAGAGAGUUUUAAUUAAUAAUUUUCCCCUCCUACUUCUACUCAUUGUCCUUGUAAAUAAAUUUUAUUAAAUAAAGGGUUUAAAGUUAAGGGUUUUAAAUACGAAAUGGUUUUACUGAACAAUCAAAGGAAACCGAUUUUGAAAUGUUUUGCAUCAUGUUAAUGAGUUGAAAAAGUUCUAUAAAUAAAAUGACUAAUGAGAAAUUGAACUUUAUGUGGAAAAAUUCAAUUGAAUAAUUUAAUUUUAUUUUAAUAAUAUGAUUACCGUUCCGCAUUCCGUUGCGCUAUGAUCCUAAAUAAUUAUUCCAACAAAAAAUUUCAAUGCCUUAAGUUUGUGUACAUUACGAUCGUUACUACGUUUUUGUAAGUCGUUGUUUCAGUGACGUAGCUUCGAAAGUUGCGAAACGGAGAAAUUUCGAUUCGAAUUGAAAUGCAGAAUAGGGGUGAAUACAAUUAAAAAAAAAAUCAAAUUUUUAUGAAAAAUAGUAAAUUUAGAAAUAAUAUUUUUUUAUAAAAAAAAAAUAAAAUUUUGUAUUUUAAAAAUACUAUUUUUAUAACAGAACUCUUUCGCCCACUAUAAAAUAAAACACAAAUAAAUCGCUUUCCUUGUGUCUUGUUUACGUUAAUUUGAAUAUUAUUUGUCUUCCUUCUCUCUAAUAAUCACAUUUAGAUAAAUCUGCAACAACAGCAACCAACAUUGGCUACAAAUAAACAAAAUGAAUCAAAACAUAUUGUGGACCAAUUCAUCGAAGGUGAACAGCAGGCGGCUGGGAAUUAAUUGUUUGGAUGAUGCGCACAAUACGUUUAAUCAGCUAUUAAUUAAAAUAAAUUAUUAUUUACACUUUUUCAUUCUUUUUAUUAAUAAUAAAAUGAUUUCUUUAUUACAAAACUAGUAAAAAUGCUUAAUUGAUUUUAACUAUAACUCAACAUAUAAACCUUUUCAUAUUUUGUUUGUUUUAUCAUUUGCAGAAGUUAUUCUUUUAAUAAAU